UCAGUGACAUGGUCUACCGUUAAGGAUUCGACGGCAAGAUGGUUGUGCUCCACGAGUCGCCCCUCUCGUCUACAUCUGGGGUAUGUACUCCUCUCGUUUUACUGUGCGCGAGAAAGUCAAGGUAUUGUAUGAUGGUCUAGAUUUUUAUUGGGUUGGCCCUCCGCUUGUCGGAUUUACGUUCUGCCCCCGAAAUUCAGCAUUGGCGUUUGGAUUGACAAUAAUAGAUUUCUCUCUUAUGUAUGGCCAUGAAAAUGGCCUUUCUCUGUUCCUCAUCAUAUAUUCCAUUGUUUUCUUCGGAAGUCCUGAUGAUUUCUUUGGAAACUAGGUAUACCUUCCAUCGGCGGAUGUCGAACAGGGCCUUCGUGCGCAAUCAGCAAACUCCAGAGAAGGAGCGAUCCAUAUAUUAGUCAGAGGAAGUUGCCGUCAUGGUCUCCCUUGCCACAGGUCUCUGG